AUGGCAAAUUCAGAAUCUAGUCCCUCAUCUCAAGUUCGCGCUCAAGUUGCACGAGACUCGAGUCCUCAAAGAGAUUCUUUGUCUCAAUUAAACCCUUCUAUCUUAUUAUCAGACAUAGAAGAAGAAGAGAAUUUAAUUGAAGACGAUAUAGUUGAGGUUGCUGAUUCAGAAGAAGGAGAAAAUUUAUUUGACCCUGAAAUCUUUGAAAGAGAUUAUCAAGAAGACCCUCGUUUAGAUGAAUAUGACCCAGACUUUUUAAAUGAUGAAUCGCAAGUUAGUUUGUCUCCAACUAUUCGAAGAGAGGCUGAAUUAUAUAUGCAAAGAAUGGAAAGAGGAAUGGAUCCGGAUACUGAUCAAAGUAUUGGUUAUAUGAAUCUCGAAGAAAUAUCAGAAAUUAAAGCUUUAUCUGUGAUUGAAUGGAUUAGGAUUCCCGUUGUACGAAGAGGAAUUUAUCAUCAGUUCGGAAAUUUUUUAAAGACAUAUGUGGAAGAUGGGAAAUUAAUAUACGGUCCUCGUAUAGAAGAACUAACGAGAGUCCAUUUUAGUCAUUUAAAGCAAAAUAAAUCAAUACUUGCUCUUUUCCUCGAGGAAGCACCCGAGGAGAUGCUUAAAAUCUUCGAUGAAGCCGCAUACAACGUUUGCGUACAAAAUCAUUCAGGGUACAAACAUCUUGGUAAAGAAAUACGUGUUCGUAUAACUGACUUUCACUCAUUUUGCAACAUCAGAGACCUUAGGCAAACUAAUCUCAACCGGUUAGUACGUGUUUCCGGAGUAAUUACGAGGCGAACCGGUGUAUUCCCUCAACUAAAAUACGUGAAAUAUAAUUGCGGAAAAUGCGGAGGUCUCCUUGGGCCAUACACUCAAGAUAUUCAAACCGAAAUCAAAUUAAAUUAUUGCCUACAUUGUCAAUCAAAGGGACCAUUUAUUUUAAAUACUGAACAGACUUUAUAUAGCGAUUAUCAAAAGAUUACUCUACAAGAAAGUCCUGGAACGGUACCUGCUGGGCGUUUGCCUCGACAUCGAGAAGUUGUUUUGCUUGGAGAUUUAAUCGAUUCUGCGAAACCUGGCGAAGAAAUUGAAGUCACCGGAAUUUAUCGCAAUAACUUUGAUGUUUCAUUGAAUAUCAAGAAUGGAUUUCCUGUGUUUGCGACAAUUAUAGAAGCAAAUAGCAUUGUUAAAAAAGAAGAUUUGUUUGAAAGCAAUCAAUUAACUGAAAACGAUAGAAUACAAAUCCAGAAUCUCGCUAAGGAUAACAAAAUUGGGGAAAAGAUUUUUAAGAGUAUUGCGCCUUCUAUUUAUGGUCAUGACGAUAUCAAGAGGGCAAUCUCAUUAUCGUUAUUUGGAGGAGUUCCUAAAAAUAUUCAAAAUAAACAUCGUCUCCGUGGAGAUAUUAAUAUAUUAAUGUUAGGUGACCCCGGAACGGCCAAGUCUCAAUUUUUAAAAUAUAUUGAGAAAACCGCGCAUCGAGCUAUUUUUACUACUGGUCAAGGGGCAUCGGCAGUUGGUCUUACUGCUUCUGUCAGGAAAGAUCAGAUAACAAAAGAAUGGACGUUAGAAGCAGGUGCUUUAGUCCUUGCCGACAAAGGUGUUUGUCUGAUUGACGAAUUUGAUAAGAUGACUGAUUCUGACAGGACAAGCAUUCAUGAAGCUAUGGAGCAACAAACUAUUUCUAUUUCAAAAGCUGGAAUUAAUGCAACGUUAAAUGCUCGUUGUGCAGUCAUUGCAGCAGCAAACCCUAUUCGAGGUCGAUACAAUACAUCUAUCCCGUUUUCUCAAAACGUAGAUCUUACCGAGCCUAUUCUUUCCAGAUUUGAUAUUCUUUGUGUCGUUAAAGAUACUGUUGAUCCUUCAGCAGAUGAAAUUCUUGCAAGUUUUGUAGUUGAUAGUCACAUGCGUAGUCAUCCUGAAGAAGUGCUUCCUGAAGGAGAUUCUUUUCCUCCACAAAAUCAAAAUCUUAUUUCUCAGGAACUCUUACGCAAAUAUAUUAUAUAUGCAAAACAAAUAACUCCUCAACUUACGAAUCUUGAUGAAGCGAUGGUUUCUGAACUUUAUUCUAACCUGAGAAAAGAGGCCCAAAGCGGUGGUAUUCCUAUCACUGUUCGUUAUUUAGAAUCGAUGUUGCGUCUAGCCGAAGCGCAUGCCAGAAUGCAUCUUCGAGAUUAUACAGAUACGAAUGAUUUGGACGUUGCAAUCGAUAUAGUAUUGCAAAGUUUUUUUUCUUCUCAAAAAUAUUCUAUGGCAAAUAAACUUAAAAAAGUGUUUGCACAAUAUAUCAAUAAGACUAAAGACCAGCAUGAAUUGCUUUUACACGUGCUUAACACUUUGAUUAGAGAAAAGGUUCGUGUUCAAAGGGCUAGCAAUCCUAAUAUAAAUAAUGAAAAUGUAAUAAUUAACGUUUUCGAUUUACGAAAACAGGCAAAAUAUCACAAUAUUCAUAGCAUUGACCAAUUUUUGAAAAGUGACGAGUUUGAAAAAUAUUUUAUUUGGGACAAAGCUCAAGAUAUAAUAGCAUCCAAUCGUAAUAAUAUUUAUGAUAGUUAA